CCUUCGUUCAUCUCCUUCGUACAUCCCCCGUCCCGCUCAGGCAUUCCGCCCUCCCCUCGCCCGGCCUCAACGGCCUCCCACCCUUCCGCCGCCUCUGACCGUCGCUGGCCAUCGGAACGACGCCGGCGAGUCGCUACCCUCCCUCCUCCGAAUCUGCCAGCCGUCUGCCUCUGCUUGUCUGCUCAACAAAGCCCUCCGCAACCGGCCCGUCGGUGUCUGCUGCCCCAAUAGACCGGUCAAUCUCUUGUUGGCUCUUCUUUGGCCUGAAAUCUUGCCAGAGCCUCCAAGCGUCAGUUUUCGACCUGAUCCUGUGCUGGAUCAUCUCCCUUGGCCCUGGCACCGGCUUCACCAGUCCCCAAAUCCCAUCCGCCUCUCCCCCCCCCUCGCCAGCCACACAUCCGUCCUCGAACGAGCCGUCUCACUCCGCCAUGCAAUCGACGCUCCAGAACAACCAGCUGUACUACUCACAGCAACAACAACACUACCACUCGGCCCACUAUGACUAUGGAUAUGACGAUGAUGAGCACGAUGAGCAGGAUGAGUACUACGACGACGAGCGCCAGUUUUACUCCGAGGAAGAAGAGGACGAAGAAAUCGACUUUAGUCUCGUCUACGCCCUCUAUACCUUCGUCGCCAACCUCGAGGGCCAGGUUUGUGUCCUCAAAGGCGACUCACUGGAUCUGCUCGACGACUCCAACUCUUAUUGGUGGCUGGUAAAAUGCAUCAAGACCGAUGAAAUCGGCUACAUCCCCGCCGAGAACGUCGAGACCCCUUACGAGCGCCUGGCUCGCAUCAACAAGAUCAAAAACGUCCGGCUCGCCUCGGUCCAGGCCCAAGAUCUGUUGCCUGCGGCUCCAGACGGAUCCAAGCCCAAGCGCAACAUCUUCUUUUCGGAGCAACUGGUCGACUACUUCCAGGAAAGCGACGACGAAUACUACGAAGAAGAAGACGAAGCGGAGGGCAUGGGCUUCUCCGAAAACACGUUUCAACCGGGCAUGCACGCCGGUGGAUCCGACACCACAUCCACAGCCAGCUCAGGGGGCAUCCUGGGAGGAGGCAUGUUUGGAAGCAAAGAUCCCCAGCACUCGCCCUCGGCAAAGCACACCCCGGCUCCGAGCCAGAAAGCCGCCAAAUCUAGUGGCUGGAGCGGACGCGGUCUAUUGCAGCGAAUACUCGGUAAAAACAAAAAGGACAAGCUCUCGAACGAGUCCCUGGCUGUGUCCGACGACCGGCCAAUGUCCGGCAUUGUCUCCCGAACCGAACAUGCUCUGCAGAACCAGGAGGUUCUCGCGGCCCAAAACAAUGCCACUCAUCAGGAAGAGGUGCCGGCGACUGAGCCCAUCACUGUCCUUCGUAUAUAUGCCGGCAAUGUGGAUCUCAAAGCCACGUUCAAAUCCGUGGCUCUGACCAAGGACUCUAUGAGCGUAAAGCAGGCUCUCGAGGCAUCCCUGAGGCGAUUCCGUGUUCCAAAUACGGGCGACUACUACCUGGCUGUGCUGCACAUGGAUUCACAGGAGAAGGCUCUUCAGGACGACGAAGACAUCCACAAGAUCCUCGAUAACCUGCGAAACAGACAUCUUCCUGGCAUCGGCGAUAGCAGCCGCGUCGCACACGCCGUUGGCACGCACGGUCGUGUGUCGUCGGUACGCAUGAACGACGACAAUAUCAUCAAGUUCAUCAUCAACAAAAAGCUCAAUAUCCUGCACAACAACAACCAUCUUGUCCGCAUUUAUAUGUACGACUCCUCCGACCCACAUGGCAAAAUGCGCUCGUACAAGACCAUCCCGAUUACCAAUGAUAUGCUGGUGAUGGAGGUCAUUGAGGUUGCCAAGAAAAAGUUCAAGGUCGGAGCCAACCAACAGGUCAACUAUCAUCUUAUAGCCCGAGUCGAAACCGAAGAGCUACGCUUGGUUCCGCAAGAGCCCAUGCAACCUCUCUUCGAGGCCGCUGGCAAGAUUGAAUUUGUGCUGUGGCCAGAGUGGACAGGCUCGGGCAGUGCUCCGGAGAAGAACGAGACCCGCAAGAUCAGCGAUACAGACGAGAUUGCAAACCUGAUUGCCUCCAAGCCCAGCUUCCUACAGGAGGUGCCCAACAGCUCUUCGGCAGCCUACAUUGCACCGAUGCCCUCGGAGACCGUCAGUAUGUCGAGAACAGGAUCGGGCUCGUCACCGGGCUCGAGCCCCGCCAUCGCCGCCGUCGGUCCAACUGCAUCAACUAUUCCCGCCCCUGCUGUAGCGAGUCGACAGAGCUCCCUUGCCCCCAGCGAGCCCGCCGAACCAUCACCUUUGACCCUCCCCCCGAAUGGAGUCGACCCCUCUGCCUAUGCUCAAAACGAUGCAGCCGACGCCGCUGGUGGCCCACUAUCGCCGCGACGCAGCCACCUUCCCCCGGAUGGAGCAAGCGUGCGUGUGGUGCAGCCACAGCAUGCCAUCGUCAAGCCCGUCCAUGUAGUACCACAGCCCACGCGGGUCGGCGUUGUUCAGCCCCAGCUCACUCUGCAACCGGCUUCGCCUGGCGCUUCAAGCUUGAGCCCGCCGUACUCGUCCGAGCCCAUUGCCAUCGAUCACACCGGAUACGUGUUCCCUCCACCGCAAAGCAGAGCCGGCGGUCAAGACUCCCAGCUCGACUCGAUGGAGCGGAAGCCGCAUCGUCCGCCAAGCUUUGCAUCGCUCAAAGAGAUGUACAACGGUAUUGAGGCGGAUAUUGAUCAGACUCUGGCCCAGAACCAGCUCGAGCGCGAGAAUGAAAAGAGGAAGAGUCUCAAGGCAGCCGUGACUGCGGGCAUGGAGCUGGGCUUGUCGACCUUUGUCCACCAUGCCGUCCAGAACGGAUCGCCAUCGGACAAGUCGUCGGAUCCGUCAUCCUCCACCCCAACGGAUCUGUCGGAGCCGGAGAAACUGUCUUCCGCCGUCCAAGGCCGGAGAUACAGCAUUUCUGCGCGUCGCCCCAGCCUGCGUCUCGACGGCACCGUGCCCCUGCCGAUGUCCGAGGCUGGCGAGUGGUUCCGGGACACCGACCUGAUGCUCAACACCAUGAUUAGGGAUCUUGACAACUUCUGCGCCUCGUCGCUGGCGUUGUUCAGUGACUAAGCAUCCUGACCAAACUCUUGCGUCCCCAGGGGACGGAUGCGGAUAUCUGCCAUCGCCUUGCCUUUGAGCAUAUUCACGGAGUGACCCUGUUUUCUCGCUUCUAUUUGCCUCCAUUUCGUACUCUCGUACUGAGCUCCGCCCUGUCAGCCCCUCGUCUCUUUGCUUUGUGGCAAUCUGUGGUUUUUGUACUACGCGGUUACCCUUUCUUCCUCUUUCUUGCUUGGGCCAAUGUAUCUCUCAAUAAUGGAUCCUGCUGCUUCGUUGCUG